AUGGCGCCCGUGUCGCAAGAGAUGAGCCGCGAUCGUCGUGCUUUUGUCCAUGGACAACUGAUCAGAGGGAAAACAAAUGGCGACGAUGCUGUUUACGCAAGUGAUUAUUUCAUUUGUGCCAACGACGGCGUGGGAGCGUGGGCUACGAGGCCCAGAGGGCACGCUGGGCUCUGGUCGAGACUUGUUUCGCAUUUCUGGUCCUCCGCGAUCGAAGAAGAACUGGUUGCAUUAGAAAAAUCACAGGAACCCAAUCCGAUUGCCAGUUUACAGAGCGCAUACGAACGAACUCUUGCUGCGACGACCGAACAUGACUGUUUAGGCACAACAACAGUCUGCGGUGCGCAAUUAUACUAUAAGAACUGCGCCGAGAACGAAGCGCAAGCUUCGCCAGUCUUGUAUGUAACUAAUCUGGGAGACUGCCAGGUCAUGGUUCUCCGACCCAGCACACAAAAGGUCAUUUACAAAACUGUGGAGCAAUGGCAUUGGUUUGACUGCCCACGACAGCUUGGAACGAAUAGCCCGGACACGCCCAACGGCAAUGCAGUCACGGAGAAGAUUGACUUGGAAGUCGGCGAUGUUGUGCUUGCAAUGAGCGACGGCGUUAUCGAUAACCUCUGGGAGCAUGAGAUCGUUGCGAGCAUCCUUAAAAGCAUCAAAGAGUGGGAAUCUGGAAAGCACCCAGAAGCUCACAAGGGCGAUCUGACGGGUGGUCGUAAUGGUGGAAUGAGGGCAGCUGCUCAGGACCUCAUUGAAGCAGCAAAAGAAAUCGCCCUAGAUCCCUUUGCUGAGAGUCCAUUCAUGGAACGUGCGAUUGAGGAAGGUCUAGCGAGUGAAGGCGGAAAACUUGACGACAUCAGUGUUGUCGCUGCUCUCUGCGUGAAAAAUGAGGGCUGA